AUGGCUAGGAAUUACAACUCUGACCCACUGUCGCUUCAUAACUUGAGCAACAGCUAUGAUGAAAUAGGAGUCAAUUAUUUCCUCUGCAACUUUGUCACCGGCUACCGAUCCUCUUCUUGCGGAUACCUUAACUAUAUUCCGGCUGACUAUGUCGUCGAUAGCCACUGCUCACCAAUGCUGGUGGCCAGUAUGGCAGCUAUUGGACUUGUUACAUUGGCUAAUACAACUGGGCAACCACAACUAGCCAAGCAUGCCCGCGCGAAGUACUCAGAAGCGAUCAAUCAGGUAAAUGUGGCGCUGGCAUCACCCACCGAGUCUAUCAAAGAUAGCACCUUGAUGUCAGUGAUCUCGCUAGGACUGUUCGAGCACGUUUCUGACUUUUCAUCGUGGGCUCGGCAUGUCCAGGGAGCUGCAGCUCUGGUGGUUGCCCGAGGCAAGAGUCAAUUCUCAACAAGGGCUUCAUUGUUUAUGUUCAACCAAGUCCGUGCGGAUAUGGUGGCUGUCUGUAUGCAUAGUGGCCAACCGUUCCCAGAAGACUUGUGUCAGCUGCAGGAAGAAGCAACCAAGCACAUGGACCCUAUGAGUGCAUUCUGGCGCCUCGGUGUAGUGGCCACCCAGUGCACCAAAUUUUUAUGGUGUGUCAGGAAGAAUAGGGGGCAAAUCGCUUGGCCUACAUUACUCCAACAGGCGACCGGUCUUCAGGGGAGCUUGCAACAUAUUGUUGGGGUCCUCUCUAUGCAAUCCGGCUAUACAACUUCCCGAAAACCAGGUGGUGACCCAACGGUCUUUUACAAUGAGCGAUUUGACGUCUACAUGAACUCUUGGGCUAUCAGGGUUUGGAACAACGCACGAACCCUUCAGAUUAAAGUCUGCGACUCUAUGCGCUAUAUCUCGAACCAAAUUCUUGCUACAGACCUCGAACCAGUUACCCAGGCCCAUAUAGAGCUACAGCGUUUAGACACACAAGAAAUCGUGUCAAAGCUUGGCAAGGAUAUAAUAGCCACAGUUCCACAGGCUUUGGGGGUCAUACCGUCAGCAUCUGACAUAGGAUAUGCUAUCGAUAUUUCGUCUCCUAUCAACGGCUCGGCUGGAUAUAUGAUGACCUGGUCUCUCUACACGGCAGGGAAGUCGCCGGUCAUGGAAGGUGAAGGCCGAAAGUGGAUCAUUCAACGUCUUCAGGAAUUUGGCCACACCGCAGGAAUCACGUUGGCCCUGCAGCUUGUGGAGAAUAUUAUCAAGAUAGAUCAAUGCGCCAACUGA